AGAUACGAAACCACCUUCAAAAACUGUGAAAAAAGCUUCUUUUUCUCUUGAAAUUGCAUUAUUAAUCUCUGUUUUAUUAUCACCAUCUUCUUCAUCAUCAUCAUCCUUAAAACCAAUUAUUAAUUGGCAUUUCAUUUUGUUCAUUCAGUAAUUAAAAGAGGGGAAAAAGAAGAAAGAAGAACCGCACCAUCUGCCACCUUUUGAUCAAUCAAGGUAUCGGAUUUCAAUCCAAUAACUUCCGGUUGUAUUUGAUGACUCCAGCGGUGACAUGUAGCCGGCAUUGCUAGAGCCGAGAGGAGCUUCUUUUCCUCUUCUUCUUCCUCAACUCCGAUUGGUCAAGCUUCGUUUGUUCCUUUUACAGUGAAUACAUUUGGAUAUUUCUCUGUUUUUUCAAUAUAAUUUUUUACAAGAGAAAAUGAACCGAUCAUCUAGUUUUGGUUUUGGAGGUGAUUUUAGUUCUGGAUUUUCCAACUCUACCCUUAAUAAUGCCGAUUUUAGUUUCAAUGCGCCUUCUUUACAACGACCGUCAUGGGGCCUUCCUAAGCCAAGGCUUGUCAAAAAUAAAAAGCAAUUGAAUUCCCAUAAUUCGAAAUCUUCAAGCAAUUUAGAAAACCAGGCAGGCCGCGGUUUUCGCCGGUUUCGACAGCCUAGCCCUUCUGAUGAGAGUGACUUGGGUGGGAAUUUGGAGGGAGGAGUUGUUGAGGACACUAGGAAUUUGAGAAAUGGGAAGAGUUGUGGUUUAAUCGAUCAUAGUUUAUUUUCCAUGCCCUCAAAUGAUACAAGAAAGUUGAGCAUUGAGAAUGGCUCAAAGGGUGAUCGGAGUAAUAGGAAUGAUGACAAUGUAGGUAGCUGUGUUGGAAGAGGUGUGGAAACCGAAAAGCUUCACAAUGGUUUGUGGAGCAAAUCGAAUAUAAAAGGCAGUGAGGAUGUUGAUGAUGGAGCUAAGCAGGAUUUUGUAUUUAAGGCAGGAAAAGGUAGCGAUUCUUUGGCUCGAAGCUCCUCAGAUGCUCUUCAUGAUGGGAUUAAGAAUUUGAACAUAAAAGGGUUUGGUGGUAGUAACACCAAGCAGAGAGAUGGUUUUAUAUCCCAGAGUUGUGAAAUCUCUGGUCAUCGUGGUGGGAAAACAGAAAAGGCAUUGUCAGCUGAAAUGGAGGGGAAGCUGAAUCUAGGGAGUGUAAUGGGAGAUUCUACUGCUCAAACGGGCAGGGGAUUUUCAUUUGGGAAGGAUGGCCAAACCGCAAAGAUGGGUGAUAAGCUCCAUAAGUUUGGUAAAUCCAUUCACCACGAUUUUACUUUCCAGGCGGCUACAACUAAAGUUCAUACGGAUCAACCAAAAACUGAUAUUAGGCUUGGUGGAGCUGCUGCUUCAACAACUUUGUUUUCAUCUUCAUCUAGCGCCUUGCCUUUCCAGUCUGGUACAAAUACCUUCGGUAAGAUUUCUGAUAAACCAGGAAAGAAGGAUGAGUUUUGUUUUACAGCUAAACAAGAUGCUAUAGAAACACCCUUUGUAGAAUUCAGAACUCCAAAUUCACAGAAAAAUAUAUCCGUUGGCUUAAAUAAAAAAUUGGAAUUCGGUGCAAAAAGAGAAGCUGGUACAAGCACAAAAGUAAAGAAAAGAAAGGGAAAGUUGAAGCAGCCUAAACCUGUCCAGCUGUGGUAUGGACCGGAUUUGAUUUCAAGUAAAACUGGUUUUCAAUAUUCAAGAGAACCUUCUGCAAUUUCUGAAGAGUCUUUCAACGUUGAUUACAAAGAUCAAUCCAGUGAUUCACAACUAGCAGUUUCACGUAAUGCAAUGGAUGGGGAUUUGGUUGCUGCAACACAGUAUAUGAAUAUAAAAGAAGGUAAGGUGAAAGAUGAUGAACUAAAUGAGGAGGGUUCUGGAAAUGUUUUCGACACAGGUGUUGCUUCUGAUGCUCCUCAGGAAGAUUCUGUGUAUGGGUCGGAAACUGAAAACUCUACAAUUGCAGCCGAGAAUAUUGAUCAUAACAGCGAUAUUGCUCUUAGUUCAGCUGAAAAUGAAACCAGUUCAAGAACAAGCAUUGAGAGACAAGAUAGUGAUGGCCUGAUGUUUUUUUCUUCCCCUUCUAAAUCUGAACAUAUAAGUGGGUUUGACUUUACCUUUGCUGCAUCUCCGUCUGCUCAAAGUCAACAAUCAUCACCAAGUCGCCACCACAAAAAGAAGAAUUCAUCUAAAACUUCUUCAUUGCAUUCAUCCCCUAGGCAUGACCUGAAAACAGAUGUAUCUACUAAGCAAAGCAAGGUUGGAGAGAAUUCUGUGGUGGACAAAGGACCGGAUGUCAAGGGCAAGCCUAAUUCGAUCGGUUCAAGAACUUUAGCUCAGGAAUCAUGCGAAAAGUGGCGGUUAAGGGGAAACCAAGCCUAUGCCAAUGGAGAUCCAUCCAAAGCCGAGGAAUAUUAUAUGCAAGGGAUAAGUUGUAUUCCCGCAGGUGAGAAAUCUAGAGGCUGUCUUCGGGCAUUGAUGCUGUGCUAUAGCAACCUUGCAGCUACUCGUAUGUCUCUUGGAAGAAUGAGAGAUGCACUAGGAGAUUGUAUGAUGUCCAUCUCAAUAGAUCCUCACUUUUUGAGGGUUCAACUUCGAGCAGCGAAUUGCCACCUUGCCCUUGGGGAAGUUGAGGAUGCAAUGCGAUAUUUCAGGAAGUGCUUACAAUCUGGAACUGAUGUUUGUGUGGACCGAAAAGUUGCAGUAGAAGCCUCCGAUGGCCUACAAAAGGCACAGAAAUUGUCUGAAUGCAUACAUCAGUCUGCUGUACUAUUGCAAAGCAAAACAUCUGAUGAUGCAGAGACUGCUUUGGAAGUAAUUGCUGAGGCCUUGCAAAUGAGCUCAUACUCAGAAGAAUUACUUGAAAUGAAAGCAGAGGCUCUUCUAAUUAUGGGCAAAUAUGAAGAUGCAAUUCAGCUGUGUGAGCUGACAUUUGAUUCUGCUGAAAAGAAUUCUCCUUCAUUGGAUAUCAAUGGGCAGCCGGCCAAUCUGGAUAGUCCUGGCAUCUCAAAGGACUCUACCUUUAGAAUUUGGCGGUGUCACCUGAUCUUCAAAUCUUACUUUCAUCUAGGAAAGCUCGAAGAGGCUAUUGCUUUUCUGGAGAAGCAAGAGGAAUUGCAUUCCACUGGAAAUAGGGAUGGAAGCGACAGUUUGGAAUCAUCAAUUCCGUUGGCUGCUACUGUACAUGAGCUCUUAAGUCAUAAGGCUGCAGGGAAUGAAGCAUUUCAAUCAGGAAGACACUUGGAAGCUGUUGAACAUUAUACAGCGGCUUUAUCUUUCAGUGUGGAGUCACGGCCUUUUGCAGCUAUUUGUUUUUGCAAUCGUGCUGCUGCAAACAAAGCACUGGGCCAAAUCACUGAUGCUAUUGCUGAUUGCAGCCUUGCCAUAGCACUUGAUGGCAAUUAUUUGAAGGCAAUUUCUAGACGUGCCACAUUAUAUGAGAAGAUUAGAAACUAUGGGAAAGCAACUAGUGACCUUGAAAGACUUCUUUCUCUUCUCUUGAAGCAAAUGGAGGUAAAGACCAAUCAAACUGGAAUUUCUGAAAGAUCUAUGAACUUGGCAAACGACUUGAGACAAGCUCAAUCAUGGCUUUCUGAAAUUGAGGAAGAAGGCAAAAAGGAAGUGCCUUUGGAUUUCUAUCUGAUUUUGGGUGUUGAACCAACUGUUUCAACAGCAGAAAUCAAGAAGGCUUAUCGGAAAGCUGCUCUUAGACAUCAUCCUGACAAGGCUGUUCAAUUCCUCGUAAGAACCGAAAAUGGAGAUGACAAGCUUUGGAAGGAGAUAAGAGAAGAAGCCUACAAGGAUGCUGACAAACUAUUUAAGAUAAUUGGAGAGGCAUAUGCAGUACUUUCAGACCCUACUAAGCGCUCGAGGUAUGAUUUUGAAGAAGAGACAAGGAAUGUGCAAAAGAAACAUACUGGACGUACAUCCAGAGUUGCAGCAGCAGAUGCUCAAAGUUAUUCAUUCGAUAAAAGCAGUGGUAUGAGGUCAUGGAGAGAGGCUAGAAGAGCAUUUGGCCUGUCAAGCUUCAAAGGUUCAAAAGCCACUAGAUCAAAUAGAUUCUAUUGACUAUUGUGAGCCACGUGUUUGUUAAUCUCUAGAUAUCUGAUCUAGUUAUAUGAUGAGGUUUAGCAGAUUCAGAUUUGUGUAGGGACUCUCCAGAAGGGAAUUUAGUCCAACCACUCCUAGAACAGGAUUUGAACUUCUAGGAGGUAAUACCAGAUGGUUGAAAGCAUCUGUGCAAGUUCUGGGUCAUGCCAGUACCUAAUGAUCGUUUUUUUAUAUUCCUGAGUUUCUAAUGGUCUAUAUAAACUUGAAAUAAUGAAGUCCAUGUUUUAAGCCUGGAAGGCCUUUGGGUUCGAGGAAAUCAAUUGUUAAUAAAGAAAGUCGAGUAAAUGUACAGACAUUACAAAGAACAUUUUUGCAGUUUUCUACUUCGGCUGACAUUCGGCUAAGAACAGUUUGCUCUUUAAUUUGUUGAAGACACUGAGAAUUCUUAUAA